AGUGGGUACAGACAAAUCAAACACAUUUUCACGUAAGAGAUACUGGGGCACUUCCCAACCGUCCGAUUUCCAAUCACUACUACUCGGCCCCACACCCCUAAAACCCUAUUUUGCGAUCCACCAAUCCCUGCACCCGCACCCUAGGCGCGUGCAGAAAUCCCUCUCUCCGACCUCCCAAACAGACGAGCGACUGAGCACCAGUGAAUGGAAGUGGCGCGUGAGCUCUCCAUGUUAAACCCUCCCCUCUCUGACGCACAUCAGAUGUCUCCAUCACCACGUAACCGAUUGUGGAGGCACAAUGCGCACCCGGGCCUCAUAAAAUGCGCACCGCAGCGCAUUAUAGCUCUCUGAGAAUAGCAAAAAUUGCCGCUUUUGGUAUUCUUCUCUGUAUUAGUACUUAAACACAGUUCAAAGUUUCAAACCUCACCACCUUGACCACCAAACCCCCCCUCUCUCUCUCUCUCUCUCUCUCUCUCUCUCUUCACUCUCAGUCUCUCUUUCUCUCUCCUCUCCGUCGUCUCACCCUCGCACGGCCCAUUUCGCCAUUGAAGCACCUUGUCGACUCCGAAAUCAAAUUUUGGUUUUCUCUCAUCAUCAUCAUCAUCAACCUUGAGAUUUUUACUUUUAGACUAUUGGAUGGAGUAAGAGAUAUUGGUUGGGUUUGAAGUUAGAUAACCAUGUUGCAUCCUGAAAAGAUGAAUAUGGAACAAGAUUCUGAAUUUAAGUGGGGUGAAAGACUUGGAGUUGGUAGGACAAACAAGGAUGUCCAGUUCUACCAGUCUUUCACAUUUCAGGGCGUGGAGUACUCCCUGUAUGAUUCUGUACACCUCUACAAGACUGGCGCUUUGGAAACAGAUAUUGGUAAGAUUAUCAAAAUUUAUUCCACAGCAACUGAAAAGAAGGUUAGGAUUGUGUGGUUUUUUCGGCCAGCUGAAAUAUGCAACUUUUUGGGUGAUUAUGUACCACGCUGGAAAGAGAUUUUUUUAGCUUCUGGUGAGGGUACAGGCCUCUCCAAUCUGAAUCCUCUGGAAGCAAUUGUUGGAAAGUGUAAUGUUGUCUGCUUAUCAAAGGAUACAAGGAAUCCUCGUCCCUCUAAAGAAGAGUUGAGAACGGCCAACUACAUUUUCAAUUGUACUUUUGACGUUGACAGGCGCAAAAUAUUGCAGAAGUUUCCGGAUCAAAUAUAUGGAACUAAAGUGGAGAAAUAUUUUAACAGGCGAAAACAGCAAAGCCUCACCAGGAUGGACCAAGCUGGACCAUCAAAUGUGCCUUCCAAUUCACAAUUGGACAAAGUGGUGGCAUAUCCAGUUAAAAAUGGCAAGCCUAGUAGCAAAUCAAUCCCUAUAGUCAAAGAAUCGGAGAAUCGGGCUCGUCCAGAAUUGAGAGACCAAGCUAGACCAUCAUGUGUGCCUUCCAAUUCACAAUCAAGCAAAGUGGUGUCGUAUCCAGUCCUGAAUGGUAAGCCUAGCAGCAAAGCGGUCCCAAUAGUGGAAGUUAAAAGAAAUACAGUGGACCCUUUACUACCACCUGUGAGCACACCAGAUACCCGUCCUUAUAAGAAGAUGAGAACUGCAGAUGGUAGACCGCCAGAUAUUGAUAAGAGUGGUUGGUUCAAGCCAGGAUUUUGGGAGGAAAGACUGCGGACAGCUGAAGGUAAUGGCACCUUGGUCCUGCUAGACAAUCUAGAUCCAUCCUUUACAUCCUCCGAAGUACAGGAUCUAGUUUGGACUGCAUUCAAGCAGAUGGUUGAGGCAAAAAUGAUACCAUGCACUCCUUUUUCUAAUCCACGCUAUGGAAAGGCUUUUGUUAUAUUUAAGUCAUCAGAUGAUGCUGAGUCUGCUAUAGUUGAGUUAAAUAGGAGAUGCCUGACUCUGGCAGAUGGGAGACCUGUCAUCGGUACCAUCUGCAGAGGGACUCUAAAAGUGCCUGACAAAACAUCCAGAUUUUUUGGACAUCUGACGAUUGACAAACAUCGGCUUAAAACCCAACGUGAAGAGAUGAGAAAAGCAGUAUCAACGUCGCACUUUGCUCAGCCCAAUACAGUUGAGUAUGAUAUGGCAAUGGACUGGUGUUUACAGCAGGAAAGGUCAGAUUUGUGGUGGAAGGCUUUAUAUCAGGACCAUGAGGGAAGAAAUCCAUUUCUUUUGUCAAAUGUAGUUGACAUUCUCCCCCGUGGAGCCCCCUCUGCAGGAAGAAGAGAAGGAGAUAAAGAAGUUGGGAGAGCAAAAGGUCAAGUUUAAUUAACUAACAUUGCAGUUCAUAGAUAAAUUUGGAGAAAUUUUUUGUUCCCUGUGGAUACAAAAUUACAGUAGUCAGAUAGGGGUAUCCCCAAAAUUAGACAGCAUACAGGGUUCUACCCACCUAGAGCUAGAGCUGUGUUUUGUAAAUUCCUAAGAAUGGAAACCUCACUUUGGUGUAAUCUGUCAUUUGCUCAUCUCAAGUUUUGUUACCCUGGAUGGAAAUAUCAGGAUCAAGUUCAGUAGAUAUCAUUUCUUUUUAUGAGGAAUUGGCAAGCCCAGAAUUGAUCGAUUCCUAUUAUGUGCCAGUUGCGGAAGAAAUGCAAGUUAAGAAUAUGAUCCCAACUAUAAAUACCAUUUUGCCAUUCAUGGCUUAUUUGUUAAA